UAUGAAGGGGAGUAGUUGUUGCUGCCACCGCCGCCACCGCCGUUGCCGCUGCCGCUGCCGCGCUUCAAAAAAAGCCGCAGGAGGAGACGCGGAGGGGAAAAAAAGACGGCGGUCGGCGCCCGAGACUUGCUCUGAGCAGGCAAGCGGCUUCGGAAGGCCAAGAACCGGGAAAGCCUUGGGAGCUGGGCGAGCGGCCGAAGCCCCUCGCCUCGGCCGGCACGAGGCGGACCGCCUUCCCCUGAAAAGUUUUGGUCGGCGGUGGGUGGGAUAGCUGGAGGACUGAAGCGCAGGGCGGCAACUGCCUGAAAACCUUGGAGCCCCGCGCUGCUUUCUGCAGUUGGGGUUCGCCCCGAGGUGGGAAGAAAAGGUGCGAAGGUUUGGGGGCGGUUGGAUCCCGCCAGGUGGGUUGCGCGGAUCCGGACUUCAUCCUUUGAGCAAGAAUCUUCGCUCGCUCUUGCGCUGGGUUUUGUCUUCUUCUUUUUUUAAUGAUUAUUAUUACUAGCGCGUGUUUCCAGCUUCGUGUGCGUGAGAGGACUUGGGGGAUUUGGAAGAACUUCAGGGGUGCGGAAGAAAGAGAUUAAAGCAAAAAAGAAGAGAGGAUUUUUUAAGGGCGCAAAAAAAAAAAGUUUGGAAUAGAGAAGUUAUUGAAAAGCUGGAAAUGUCCUAUCCCUGCUGCGUCUUGGUUGGGUACCUGUUCCUAGUCCUGCUCUUGCAUGGGCUGGGAGAAGGUUCGGCGCUUCACGACAGCAGGACUCAUCCUCAAACAUUAGAAAAGAGUGCAUGGCGAACUUUCAAGGAAUCACAGUGUCAUCACAUGCUGAAACAUCUGCACAAUGGAGCUCGUAUUACUGUACAGAUGCCACCCAUGAUUGAGGGACAUUGGGUCUCAACUGGUUGUGAAGUUAGAGCAGGUCCAGAAUUCAUCACAAGAUCCUACAGAUUCUACCAUAACAAUACAUUUAAAGCUUAUCAGUUUUACUAUGGAAGCAAUCGGUGUACAACCCCAAUCUAUACCUUGGUUAUCCGUGGUAAAGUCCGCCUUCGUCAAGCAUCCUGGAUUAUCCGAGGAGGGACCGAAGCGGAUUAUCAAUUGCAUAACAUUCAGAUCAUCUGCCACAAUGAGGCAGUAGCCGAUAAACUAAGUCAGUUGGUGAACCAUACGUGUCCUGGAUUUGUAGCAGGAGAUAAACCUUGGGAGCAGAAUGUGAGCUAUGAUUUAUGGAGAGAAGAGAAUGGCUACGAGUGUACAAAGGCACUGAAUUUUGCUAUGCAUGAACUUCAACUGAUUCGAGUAGAGAAACAAUACCUGCACCAUAAUUUAGAUCACUUAGUAGAAGAACUGUUUCUUGGAGACAUCCACACAGAUCCUGCUCAAAGGAUGUAUUAUCGCCCAUCCAGUUAUCAACCUCCACUCCAAAAUGCCAAGAACCAUGACCAUUCAUGUAUAGCAUGUAGGAUCAUUUAUCGAUCAGAUGAACACCAUCCUCCAAUUUUGCCUCCAAAGGCGGAUUUGACUAUUGGAUUACAUGGGGAAUGGGUGAGCCAGCGCUGUGAAGUACGACCUGAAGUGCUCUUUCUUACUAGACAUUUCAUUUUCCAUGACAACAAUAAUACCUGGGAAGGUCAUUACUAUCAUUACUCUGAUCCAAUCUGCAAACAUCCCACCUUCACUAUUUAUGCAAAAGGCCGUUACAGCAGGGGUAUACAUUCAACCAAAGUGAUGGGAGGAACAGAAUUUGUCUUUAAAGUAAAUCAUAUGAAAGUUACUCCCAUGGAUAUAGCUACAGCCUCUCUACUGAAUGUUUUCAAUGGAAAUGAAUGUGGAGCAGAAGGAUCCUGGCAAGUUGGGGUGCAGCAAGAUGUGACUCACACAAAUGGAUGUAUUGCUUUGGGAAUCCGUCUGCCUCACACAGAAUACGAGAUCUUCAAAAUGGAGCAGGAUGCCAGGGGGAGAUACUUGCUAUAUAAUGGCCAGAGACCUAGUGAUGGAUCCAGCCCAGACAGGCCAGAAAAAAGAGCAACCUCCUACCAAAUGCCCUUAAUUCAGUGUACAUCAGCAGCCCCAAGAAUAGAAGGAACAUUAGAAGAAAACAUUCUAGGAUGGUAUAAUAGUGGCGCAUCAGCAAGCAAUUCCUGUGCAUUUGUGCUAGCCACAAUAGUGGCUAUUUAUACUGUGCCACACUUGGAUCUUCUCAGCUAGAAGAACAAACAUUUUGAAAUUUUUCAGAUCAGGACAAUAUAGAAACUGGGAUUAAUGAGAAUGGCAAAAGGCAUUUUUAAGACAAAAAAGAAUAACUAUUUUCUUGAUGCACUUGAAUGCCUAAGAACUUUUGUUAUUUUCUCAUGCUUUCCUGUAUUUGAAUCAUGAACAGCACUCAUUUCUUUGAAUUUCAUCUAGUCUGAUCUACGGUUUGACAUGACUGCACAAUAGUAAUUGCACUUUAAGACUGCAGUUUCUUUAUUUCAUAUUAAAAACUCUGUUACAACUAAAGAACAUAUUCUGCAACCUUUCUUUCAUCAGCUUUGCUGUUGCAAUCCAUUGAAUUAAAAAAAAUAACUUCUUCACUGACUUUAAAUAUCAGGUAUUAUACUUCUAUCGUGCCAAUACUAGAAAACUGCAUCUUUCUUAAGCUACAAUGUACAUAUGUAUA